GUUUUUGCCUCACAAGCUUCACAUGCAUCUCAACUCUGACGUACUGUUUUCCACUCUUACCACCACUGACUUCCCAGCAAGACAUGGCCGACACAGCAGCAGCAGCGCCCGUCUUCAAGAAGCGCGCCAAAAAUACCAACAUCCGCAAACGCCCAGCCACGCCUCCUCCCCAAGACUCGGCCUCCGACAGUGACGACUAUACCGACGAUGAACAGGGUGCACGGAUCAAGCGUCGCAAGAGGGAGGGCGUGACAAUAACUGGAAAUGGCCCCAAGUCCGAGGUGGUCACGACCAAGUACACCGCCUUCCAAGCAGAUCGCUCUACCAACAUCACCGCCAACGACGAUGCAACCAAAGCCUCGAGCUGGUACACCGACGCUGCUCUCGCCGCGAAAGAUGGCAAAGCGAAGCCAGAUUCAGAGACAGUAGUUCCCGAAGCAACAGACGGAACAUACCAAGGCACAGCAAAAUACUCCACAUUCAUCGCAAAGAAUCCCGAACGAAAGCAACUUGGCCCCCAAAAAGCACCUACGAACGUUCGAACAAUCACGGUGACAGAUUUUGCACCAGACGUCUGCAAAGACUACAAACAAACAGGCUUCUGUGGUUUUGGUGACAGCUGUAAAUUCCUUCACGCGCGAGAAGAUUACAAGCAAGGAUGGCAGUUGGACAAAGAAUGGGAGAAAGCAGGGAAGAAAGACAAGAAGCCCGGCGCGGCGAAUGAGAAAGACACCGAAGGCAUGGACGAUGAAGAGAAGAUGUUGAUGGAGAUUCCUUUCGCUUGUAUCAUCUGCAAGGAAAGCUACAAGAAUCCCGUCGUGACAAAAUGCGGGCACUAUUUCUGCGAGAAAUGUGCCAUGACGAGGUAUAUGAAGGAGAAGAAAAAGCAGUGCGCGAAUUGCGGAGCGGAUACGCAAGGUAGCUUCGGCGUGGCGAAGAAGUUGAAAGAUUUGCUGGCGAGGAAGAAGAGGCGGGAGGAGGAAAGGGCUGCAAAAGAGGCGGAGGAGGAUGGGUGAAGUGAAUGAGCAACUGGCCUCCCAGCGACUGUACAGAAGAUAACAUUGCGAUCCAGUCACCAAAGCCGUACCACAAGAACGCCAAGGCCCUCUUCUGGACCUGGAAGUGGCUUAUCCGGUCUAUCCUAGUUCGUCGCACGAACAGCCCAAGCUCUCACUUCCUCCGAGCUAGUACAAUAGCAAGCCUUGCAAAUGCGAGAGUGGCUGAGAGCCAGUGAGCUCCGCCAUCGUCCUUCGCCGGGCACAGACGCCUAUCAUGGUCUCGGAUGGCACUGAAAGCGGUUCAUCAUUGGACAACACUCCUUCCAACUCUCUGCAAUGCAACACCUGUGUUGACGAGAAGGUGCUGUCUUACAGCUAGGCAAAGGUGUGUACAAGACACUCAAGCUGCUUCGAGCCCUUUACUGUACAGUAUGCCUUUGUACAAACAACAUGGUGUCACUUUUCAUCACUACCGAGCAUGUUCCGCUGAUCUCCUGACACUCAACAGUCAUGAUAUCUUUACUCUUCUCUUGCCCCCGAGACACGCGGUCGUACUCCCACUCGGCUCCAACCAACGAGUUCUAUACAGAUUGGCGAAAAGCGACCACUAUGCAUAUAUCAAUGGUUGCGCCCACACGGCCCAACGAUCGUCCAAUUUCCGCCACAUCUUGCAAGUCCUACAUCUAUUUGUUACCCCAAUACUCUCUUCCUUUUCCAAGCCUAAUCCAAACAAUCACGCUGAAUCUUCACUCCAUCCCCAACCCCCAAACAUGAAGACCUUCCAAACUCUCCUCGCCGUUUUCAUUGCCCUCGGCGCGACAAGCGCUAAGCCAGUCCAGCUAGAAGAACGUGGACAGACCUGGUGGGUAAGUCGAAAACAAAAAUUCCAAAGAUUCCUGUCCCGCAGCCAACCACCAUCCGGACAUCCCCAUCCCACAUUUCUUAUUC